UUCCUCUCUUCUCGCGAUAUUUGCUCUUGAAUGAAUUCAAACAUGGCGUCGGCAGGAGAGGCGGGCAGCGGUGUAGUAACUGAAGCAGACACAGCGAAGAGUGAGGCUGCCUUCAGUGAGCUUCCUGUCAGCAUGGACACGCAGUCAUCCAGUGGCAAGGAAGGACUGGAAACGGCGGGCAACGCCUCCGAGGCCGCCGAUACCCUCACCGGGUCGGGGGACGAGGAAAGCGGGAGGCAGCUGGGCGAGGUGGAGCUGCAGUGCGCCUUGUGUACAAAGUGGUUCACCGCCGACACGUUUGCAAUCAACACGACGUCUUGUCUUCCCUUCAUGACCAACUACGUGUUCCACUGCAACGUUUGUCAUCACAGCGGCAACACGUACUUCCUCAGGAAACAAGCCAACCUAAAGGAGAUGUGUCUCACAGCACUUGCUAACCUGACCUGGAGGUCCAGAACCCAAGACGAACACCCAAAGACCAUGUUCUCUAAGGACAAGGAUAUCAUUCCCUUUAUUGACAAAUAUUGGGAGUGCAUGACGACCAGACAAAGGCCUGGAAAGCUUACCUGGCCAAACAACAUUGUGAAGACGAUGAGCAAAGAGCGAGACGUUUUCCUGGUGAAGGAGCAUCCUGACCCUGGCAGUAAGGAUUCAGAGGAGGAGUACCCCAAGUUUGGCUUGCUGGACCAGGACCUGGGUAACAUCGGACCCUCAUACGACUCGCAGAAGCAGUCCGCUGUGACGCCCACCGCAGGAGGUUUAAACGGUGGAUCCACUUACUCAGGCGCCCUAGCUCCGGUGGCUGGAAAAGGAAGGGGAGCCAAGCGUAAGCAGCAGCAGCAGCAGCAGCAAGAGGGCGCCACUGCAGGAGCCACCAAGAGGACUCGGAGUGACCCGCUAUUCUCAGCCCAGCGUCUUCCCCCCCAUGGGUACCCACUCGAGCACCCUUUCAACAAAGAUGGCUACCGUUACAUACUGGCAGAACCGGACCCCCACGCUCCCGACCCGGAGAAACUGGAGCUGGACUGCUGGGCCGGGAAGCCCAUCCCCGGUGAUCUGUACCGGGCGUGCCUGUACGAGAGGGUGCUGCUGGCUUUACACGACCGAGCGCCGCAGCUGAAGAUUUCGGACGACCGCCUGACCGUGACGGGCGAGAAGGGCUACUCCAUGGUGCGAGCCUCUCACGGCAUCCGGAAAGGCGCCUGGUACUUUGAGGUGUCCGUGGACGACAUGCCUCCUGAGACGGCGGCCCGUCUCGGCUGGUCUCAGCCGCUCGGUAACCUGCAGGCGCCGCUGGGCUACGACAAGUUCAGCUACUCGUGGCGCAGCAAGAAGGGUACGCGCUUCCAUCAGUCCAUUGGGAAACAUUACUCCUCAGGAUACGGUCAAGGAGACACGCUGGGCUUUUUCAUCCAGCUGCCAGAUGACACGGAGACAGCCAGGGCGCUUCCGGACACCUACAAGGACAAGGCGCUCAUCAAGUUCAAGAGCUACCUGUAUUUCGAAGAGAAGGACUAUGUGGACAAAGCGGAGAAGAGCCUGAAGGCCAUGAGCCCCAGCAGGAUGGUGUUCUAUAAAAACGGUGUGAGUCAAGGCGUGGCCUUUGAGAACCUGUUUGAAGGAAUCUACUUCCCUGCUAUCUCUCUUUACAAGAGCUGCACGGUGUCCGUCAACUUCGGGCCGCAUUUCAAACACCCGCCCAAAGACGUCCGUUACAAGCCGAUGAGCGACAUGGGCUGGGGCGCCGUCAUCGAGCACACGCUGGCCGACACGCUCUACCAUGUGGAGACCGACGUGGACGGCCGACGCAGCCCGCCGUGGGAGGGAUAAGCGCCUGCGGGAGAAAGGCCAAUACGCAUGCACACACAGCCGUAAAAACAGGCAGUUCACUUUAUUAGAAAUAUUUACACUCAGUUGGUUCAUUUUUAUUUACAAUACAUUCAAGGAGAAACUGAAUUAGCGUGACAUGAGAAAACAUUCCUCAACUAUUGGACUUAGCAUUCGUGGUCAACAUGCAGUCCACUUAGGGUUGUGUUUCGUGUUUGUCUUGCUGCUCCCGCCAUCUUCUCGCUGUGUUUUUUUUAAUGGACGCAAAUAAAAAUAUGCUACA